AUGGACGGCGGCGAAGGGGCAGCGGGGCCCCCGGGUCCGGCGGACCGCCAGCACCGCGCCAGCCUCUCGUCCGUGGGGCCCCGAGCGGCGGACGUGCUGGUGUACCUGGUGGACGACACGGUGGUGCCCCUGUCAGUGGAGAACCUGCCGUCGGUGACGGCCCACGACCUGCACCGGGUCAUCCGCGACGCCCUGCAGCUCCCUGACACCGCCCUGGACGCUUUCUCCCUCUGGCUCAUUUCCCCCUUGCUUGAAGUUCAACUGAAGCCCAAACACCAGCCCUACAAAGUAUGCCGUCAGUGGCAGGACCUCCUCUUCCGAUUCACCGAUGCCCCGGAAGAUGACAUUGCUAUGGAUGAGCCAUCCCUGCAGUUCAGGAGGAAUGUUUUUUUCCCCAAGAGGCGGGAACUCCAGAUCAACCACGAGGAUCUCUUGAGGCUGUUGUUUGAGGAGGCCAAGUUCAACGUGCUGGAGGGACGGUACCCGUGCGACGCGGAGGACUGCGAGAAGCUGGGCGGCCUGGUCUGCCGGGUGAAGCUGGGCCCCUACCGCCCCGGCCAGCAGACUGCCGGCACCCUCAAAGAGAAGCUGGAUUCCUUCCUGCCUGCUCACCUGUGCAAGAAGGGUCAUGGCCUCUUCACAGGCUGGCGGGGCCGGGGGGCCAAAGCGGCCCCGGGCGAGCAGGGCUUGCUGAGCGCCUACCAGGAGGUGAAGGAGGAGGCGGAGGGCGAGGAGGCGGAGACCCUGGCCCGCCAUUACCGGGCCUACCUGCACAAGUGUCACGAGCUGCCAUACUAUGGCUGCGCUUUCUUCUACGGCGAGAUCGACAAGCCAGCCCAGGGCUUCUUCCUCCACCGGGCGGGCCGCAAGCCGGUGACCGUGGCCAUCAACCUGGAUGGCGUCCACGUCAUCGACAGCAAAGAGAAGCACGUCCUGUUGGGCCUGCGCUUCGAGGAGCUGUCGUGGGACCACACGUACCCCAAUGAGGAGGACCACAUCCUCUGGCUGGAGUUCGACGGGGAGAGCGAGGGCACGCCGGUCAAUAAACUGCUCAAGAUCUACUCCAAGCAGGCCGAGCUGAUGAGCGGCCUGAUAGAGUACUGUAUUGAGCUGAAUGUGGCCACCGAGCCUGCUCCACCCCCGGAGAACGCAGUGGAGCCCACCGGGGUCUCCAACCCCCCGCCUCCCAGCGCCAUCCCCCAGCGCCACAAGCUGAGGCGACAGGGCAGCGUCAUCUGUAGCCGAAUCCAGCAUCUCGCCACCAUAGACUAUGUGGAUGACGGCAAAGAGAUUAAGCGAGUGAAACCAAAGCGCACGACUUCCUUUUUCAGCCGCCAGCUGUCCCUGGGCACUACGAGCUACACGGUGGUCCAGCCCACAGACGGCUUGGAGCAAGGCUGACCUCCCCCACCCCCGUUUCCCCUUCGAUUCCGGGAAGGGGGCCCGGCGAAGAACCAAAGCAAACACUGAUCCCCGGGGCACAAAGUCUCUCCUCCCAAGGGGCUAGGACGACCACCCCCACCAACGGGCCCCUUCUGUCUGCCCGCCAGGCUAAAUUAUUCUCCUAAUUUAUAUAUGGGCUUCCGCCUCUCGUGUGUCUGUAGUCUGACCUACUCUGGCCCCCCCGGUUUGGGUUUCGGAUCCAACCCCGGGAGGUUCCGGCUGACUGUUCGUGGUGACCCCUGACCCGACCUUCCUGGGGGGUGGGGG